AUGUUCGUGGUCAACCCCAUCGGGUCCAUAGGACUCAGAACCGGAAAACCAGCCCUCGAGAGCUGGAAGCUGAAAACGAAGGCAGACAUUCAGAUGAUGAAGGCACAGGCAGACAUUCAGAAGAUUCUGGCUCAGGAACAGGUCCAGGACAUGCAAGCAGUUGUCUAUGAGUCGCAGGAAGUCGUCUUCGGCAUACAGACUGCUGUUCAGGAUAUGCAGACCGAUGUUCAAAUGACCAGCGCACACACUCAGAACCUGCAGAACGACACUCAGAAGCUCAAGGAACAAGUGCAGGGCUUCCAGACCAACCUUCGGGAGACGCAGGCAGAGGUGCAGAAGAUGAAGGCACAGGCAGACAUCCAGAAGAUGAAGGCACAUGAACAGGCUCAGGUUAUGCAGGCCGAGAUGGAGAAGAUGCAGACACAGGCGGAAAUUCAGCAGAUGAAGGCACAGGAACAGGCCCAGGAAAUGCAGGCGGACAUUCAGAAGAUUCUGGCACAGAAACAGGUUGAGGACAUGCAGACAGUUGUCUAUGGAUUGCAGGAGAUCGUCAUCAGCAUACAAACCAACGUCCAAGACAUGCACGCCGAUAUUCAGGAGAUGAAGGCACAGAAACACGCCCAGGAUAUGCAGGUAGAGAUUCAGAAGAUGAAGGUGCAGGCGGACAUUCAGAAGAUGAAGGCACACGAACAGGUUCAGGACAUGCAGGCAGUUGUCUAUGGGUUGCAGAAAGUCGUCAGCAACAUACAAACCAACGUCCAGGAUAUGCACGCCGAUAUUCAGAAGAUGAAGGCACAGGAACACGCCCAGGAUAUGCAGGUGGAGACUCAGAAGAUGAAGGCACAGAAACACGCCCAGGAUAUGCAGAUGGAGAUUCAGAAGAUGAAGGCACAUGAACAGGCUCAGAACAUGCAGGUGGAGAUUCAGAAGAUGAAGGCACAUAAACAGGCUCAGAACUUGCAGGCCGAGAUGGAGAGGAUUCAGACACAGGCGGAAAUCCAGCCGAUGAAGGCACAUGAACAGGCCCAGGAUAUGCAGGCGGAGCAUGAAUCAGAGAGCAGCUUGACCUUGAUACAUCACAAUUGCAAGACAGAUUGGACUGCAGGGGUGUUCACAACCACAAACUCGGACUCCUUUAGUGAAUCAUCGACUGAUGAGCUGCUAAGGCAGCUGGAUGAACUGAGUGAGAUCAGUUCGAUAGCAAGUUACAAGGAGGACUGGCAUGAUGGGGAAGAUGUCUGGUGGCGCGAGAUAUGCCAGAAAGAGUGGAACCGUUUUAAUUAUGAUACAGAACACCUUGAACCCUCCGAAUGUCGCCGUGACUUUGUCGACAGACGAUGGAGAUAG